UCUUCAUCCUCGGGACUCAAAAUAUCAAAUACAAAUGGCCGAAUUGGCUCCCAUGUCUGUUGAAAAUUCGUCAAUCCCGGUUGAUCUGUUCGCCUCCAAGAAGCAUCCUGGCCUUCCACGCGGCGAUCUUGGAUUCUCUGAUUCCUCUGGCAACAUCGUCUUCCGCAUCAUCAAAUCAUCGUCUCACCAGAAAUCGCUUCUCGAUUCCACCGGCAACCCCGUGAUUACUAUCUCUCGACAUCAUGAUGGAUCCUGGCAGGGUUUUAAGGGUAAUGGUGGGAAUCAAAAGGAGUUGAUUUUCAGGGCGAAGAGGACUGUAAAGAAGUGUACCAGUGCUGAGUUAGAGGUUUCUCUGGUUGGUGAAAAUGUGGGAGAAGAAUCAAUCUAUGUUCUCAAAUUCAAAAUUCAAGGUUCCCCUUUUCAAAAAUCUUGCACCAUUUAUCAAGACAAGUUCAUUAUUGCACAGACAAGUCUGAUGUACAAACUGAGGCAGAUAUGUGCAAGCAGAAGCCGGUUUCGACUAACCAUAUUCCCUGGUCCUAUUGAUCAUGCUUUAAUUGUAGCUAUGGUUGUGGUAUUCUUGAAUGUAUGAUAGUGCUAAAGUGACUUGUUUACUUCUUCAUCUCGUAUGGAAUAUAUUCUUUAUUUUCACCUU